AUGGACAACUCCAGCUCAGAGCGCGCUCAGAAUCAGACUUUGGGAGCAUGGAGCGACCACAGCCUCCAGUACAAGGUGGUCAGUACUUUUCUGCUCUUCACCAUUUGCGCUCUGGGGGUGGUCGGGAACGUGAUGGUGAUCCUGGUGGUUCUGACCACGAAGCACAUGCGGACCCCCACAAACUGUUACCUGGUCAGUUUGGCAGUGGCAGAUCUCAUGGUGCUCAUCUCCGCGGGUUUGCCUACGAUGGCCGACAGCCUGUUCGCCUCGUGGGUGUUCGGACACUACGGGUGCCUGUGCAUCACAUACUUCCAGUACCUCGGCAUCAACGCGUCCUCCUGCUCCAUCACCGCCUUCACCAUCGAGAGGUACAUCGCCAUCUGUCACCCGAUCAAAGCCCAGUUCCUGUGCACGCUGUCCAGGGCCAAACGCAUCAUCGUGUCCGUGUGGACGCUCACGUCUGUCUACUGCGUCAUGUGGUUCUACCUGUCCGACUUAGAACAGCUGGUUUAUGACAACAUCACCAUCACCACCUGCGGCUACAGAGUCUCCAGGAAGUACUAUCUGCCCAUUUACUUCUUUGACUUCGGCGUGUUCUUCGUGGUGCCUCUGCUGCUGUCCGCGGUGCUUUACGGUCUCAUCGGGAGGAUCCUGUUCCUGAACCCGCUGCCCUCCAACACCAAGGACCAUAAGAACCAGAAGAACAACCAGAAGAACAACAACAACACCAGCUGCAAGAACUCCCGCCACUCCAGCUCCACGGCGACCUCCCGCAGACAGCGCCCUCUUGUGUCCAGCCUCAGUAACAGUCUCAGUAACAGCGCCCUCUUGUGUCCAGGCCGUAGUCUGCGCCUCAGUCCGUGGGAGUCCAGGAUCGUUCAGAGACUAAUGACUCCAACUCUGUCCUUCCUGAAGAAGAGCAGGAGUGCAGCCACUCUGCUACACACCAGCGACGUCUGCUCUCAUCAGAACAGUGCAGACAGAUGGAGACUCUCCUCUGCCUCAACUCCAGACAUCACCCAGAGACAACGACCUCGCAACUCCACUCCGGUGGAGAAGAAGAAGGAGAAGAAGGACAAAGAGCGGGAAAACGAGAAAGAGAAAAUGUCUCUGUCCAAAGAGCGAUCGAAGAAACGACAGACGACUUCCAUUGCAACAACCAAUCAGAGGCCUCGACCGGAGGGGAGUUCUAAACCCAAAUAUCGGCUUCCGUCUCCUGCGCCACCUAAGUCCCGCCCCCUCUCUCCUCUCGUCCAAUCCUCGUCCUCGAAGAAGGCCCCCCCGUCUGGGUCUAAGCUCCGCCCCAAACGCUCCCAGACACCGGCACGCGUCCAGACUACGGUAACCGCCGUCACCAUGGAGACGAAGGAGCAUACAAAACCACGACAACCGCCUCCCGGCGCCACAGAUACUAAGGACAGAGCUCACAGAGACAGAGCUCACCGAGACAGAGCUCACCGAGACAGAGCUCACCGAGACAGCUCACCGACAGAGCUCACCACGACAGAGCUCACCGACAGAGCUCACCACGACAGAGCUCACCGACAGAGCUCACCACGACAGAGCUCACAGAGACAGAGCUCACCGAGACAGAGCUCACCGAGACAGAGCUCACCGACAGAGCUCACCACGACAGAGCUCACCGAGACAGAGCUCACCACGACAGAGCUCACCACGACAGAGCUCACCGAGACAGAGCUCACCGCGACAGAGCUCACCGAGACAGCUCACCGACAGAGCUCACCACGACAGAGCUCACCGACAGAGCUCACCACGACAGAGCUCACCGAGACAGAGCUCACCGCGACAAAGCUCACCGCGACAGAGCUCACCUCGACAGAGCUCACCGAGACAGAGCUCACCGGGUGA